AUGACUGCCCCACUUCGCGUUUUGGUUACUGGAGCCGCUGGCCAGAUCGGAUACUCCAUUGUAAUCCGUAUCGCCGACGGAACCGUCUUCGGAAAGGAACAACCAGUGCAACUCGUCCUCCUCGAUGUUCCACAAUGCGCCAAUGUUCUCGAAGGAGUUGUUUUCGAGCUCCAAGAUUGUGCUCUCCCAACUCUUCACAGCGUCGAGGCUGUCACCGAGGAGAAGGCUGCAUUCACUGGAAUCGAUUACGCUUUCCUCGUUGGAGCAAUGCCAAGACGCGAGGGAAUGGAGCGCAAGGAUCUUCUUGCCGCCAACGUCAAGAUCUUCAAGUCUCAGGGAAAAGCUCUUGCUGAGUAUGCCAAGCCAACCACCAAGAUCAUCGUCGUUGGAAACCCAGCAAACACCAACGCCUUCAUCGCUGCCAAAUAUGCCGCCGGAAAGAUUCCAGCCAAGAACUUCUCUGCCAUGACUCGCUUGGACCAUAACCGUGCCCUCGCUCAACUUGCUCUUAAGACAGGAACCACCAUCGGAGACGUCAAGAACGUUAUCAUCUGGGGAAACCACUCUGGAACUCAAUUCCCAGAUGUGACUCACGCCACCGUCAACAAGAACGGAACUGAGACCGAUGCUUACUCCGCUGUCGGAGACAACGCAUUCCUUCAAGGACCAUUCAUCGCCACCGUCCAAAAACGUGGAGGAGUCAUCAUCGAGAAGAGAAAGCUCUCAUCUGCCAUGUCUGCUGCUAAGGCUGCCUGCGAUCACAUCCAUGACUGGCACUUCGGAACCAAGGCUGGACAAUACGUCUCGAUGGCUGUUCCAUCAGAUGGAUCCUACGGAAUCCCACAAGGACUCAUCUUCUCAUUCCCAGUCACCAUCGAUGGGGCUACUCGUGAAUGGAAGAUCGUUCAAGGACUCAACUUUGACGAUUUCGCCAAGGGAAAGAUCGCUGCUACCACCAAGGAACUCGAGGAGGAAAGAGAUGAUGCUCUCAAGGCUUGCGACGAUGCUAACAUCUAA